AUGCCUUCACGUGGGUCCAGCGAAUCAUCCAGUACGCAUUCUCUACCAAGGGGGGGUUCCUCUUCCGGUCGGGGAUCAGCAAAUGCUCUUCCAGUCUCGAGAAAUGUUAGCUCAGAACGAGCAAGUCUCCUCAAACCCUUUGGUGUAAGCAUUGAUCCAACCCACCGCAGACCUGUGUCAUCAGGUACGAACAGUGGGUAUCGUAGUGAUAGUGAUGGAUAUCAGAGCGGAAAUGAUACCCGUAGGAGGACAGAAUCUAGGGGUAGAAGUGGGGGAAGUAGGAGUGGUUCUGGUUCUGAUGCUACCACUAGAAGUAGAACAAGGAAUGAUUUGCAUAGUAACUCGUCCUCGGCAAAUCGAGAUCGGAGUCAGAAACCACGAUCAUCUUCGCAAGCGUCAUCAACUCGUUCCAAGAGAGAUGGAUCGGUUAGCGGAAUACCAAAGUAUUAUGAUGAAAAUGACCUUUUCACUCACCACAUCCCACCGAAAGACUUUGAAAGAUUGAGAAAGGAGGUCAAACCGACUAAAAGCCCAUCAGAGGUACCAGACUAUUACGAAGAUAAUGACGUUUUCAAUUACUCUAUCCCGCAAAUGGACCAUGUAAGAUCAGCAAAGGAGGUUAUACCUCCUGAUCACGAACGGAGAGCUAGGUCAAGAAGUCGUCAGGAAAUCUCUAAGAGAGAUACAAGUACAAACUCUCAUAAAAUCACUGGCGCGAACUCAGUAUCAUCCCACGAGAUGAAGUACUCGAACAGUCCGCUGGAAAUACCUAAAAACGUGGCAAACAAGGUCCAGAUCAACAAGCCAGUCUAUCACCCUGAGGAAGAGGCAGCAGAAUUGGAUGGUGAUGUGGAGGAGGAGAGACCAAAAAUUAAACGGAAACCAGUCAGAGCUAAAGCGCAAUCAGGAGGGGCACAUUCGAGGGAACAUGCGAAUCGGCAACCGCGCUACCAUGGAAAUGAAAAUCCACACGAACCAAGAAAACAAUUCAGUUUCGCGUCUCUCAAAAAACCUUCAAAUUCAGAGGAAACGCCAGGUAGUACGUGGGAAAGCGUGGGUAGAAGAAUAUCAGACAACCCAAGCCCUCGAGCUCAUCCCACCAACGGGCUAGGAAAUACACGACCGCCGGAACGUAACAUCCGUGAAGAAUGGUGGGGAGAUAAAAGACGUCCAGCUCGUACACCCCAAGAGCCGGUAAAAGAACAAAAGUCGAAAUCUAGUCGUUACUAUGCAACUAAUAAGAUAGAUCCGAGCCCAGCAGGCGAAACCCGUAGAAAUCCUUCACAACACUCAGAGCGAUAUCCUUCAUCAAAUGACUUUUUCGAUAAGAUCGCUCCUCGAGUACAGGAGGAAGAGAAGAAGAAGAGUUCAUUGAAGAAGUUUGGAAGGGCUCUUGGCUUGGGUCGUAGUAAAUGA